GAAUUGGUGGUCGUACAAUUGCGUUUCACGAGAAUAGAGAUCAGUUUUGGUGUGGUAUUGAGCUGUAAAGGCUUAUGAAAUACGUUUAGUGUGAAUUUGUUUUUUUGUGUAGUUAAUCAUGGUUUCAGAUGUGGCCAAUUAUGGGCGCUUAACAAGCACGCUCUCAUCCCGGCGUCGUGUGAGAUGUGCACGAUCACUGUUUUUCCUGCUGUUUACCAGCAUUGUUCAACACAUCAGUGCCACUGAUGAUCGUGUUGACUACUAUGUGGACUAUGAAGAAACGAGCGCGGGGAUUACGGCCGAAGAAACCACUACAGAGCAAAUCUUUUCCACCACAAGCAGUCAAAGCGAAAACGAUUUCUAUUGCCGGGAAGAUUUGUGUCUGCAGUAUGAUCAGUUUGGAGAGCUGGUUCGAAAGACUCACGUAGCCUGUGGACACGAUGGAUCAUUCGCCGAAGAUUGUCCUGCCGGUAGAACGUUGUUCAAAAUCGAUCCGCAGAUUCAAGCGUUCAUAAUUCAUCUGCAUAACGAUGCUAGGAAUCGGUUGGCUAACGGAUCACUGGAAGGAUUUGAAUCGGCUUUGCGGAUGCCCAGUGUGGUAUGGAACGAUGAAUUGGCAAAAUUAGCUGAGAUCAACACAAAAAGCUGCAAAUUUGAACAUGACGAGUGUCGCAACACCGAACAGUAUCGCAUAGCUGGACAGAAUUUGGCUUUGGGAUAUUAUGCGGUGGAGACGGAUAUUUUCGAUAUAUUGGAGAAACUGACCGCUUUGUGGUUCAAAGAAUACAGGGAUGCGAAUCAGACGCUGAUGGAUGUUUAUGAAAAACCACAAAAUGUAACUGUUGGACACUUCACCCAAAUGAUGAGCGAUCGAACAACUUCGAUAGGGUGUGGAAUUGUUAUUUACCCACACAAAGUCCCGGGAUAUACCUUCAAGGUAGUGUUGUUUGCCUGUAACUACUCGAUCACCAGCAUUACCGGCCAACCGGUGUACCGGAAAGGACCAGCUGGAAUCAAAUGUGAAUUCGGUGUAAAUCCCUAUUACAAUGGUUUGUGCAGCACGGAGGAAAAUCUGUUGAUUAAAUCGAAUCCAUUUUAUGACGAAUAAAAAGAGAAUAAUAAUCAAGGUUUGUUACAUUUAUUUAACUGUAUUUUUUUGUGUACAUCAAUGAAAUAGUUUUUAGCAAAUAGAGGUUACAUAUUUUUAAGAGUAGAACAUUUGUUUUGGCAACUUUUGAGAAUCCUCUUCAGAAUUAACCCGCCCGUGGUUUAGCGUAGGUUUAGGACUAAUUCGUCAUACAAAGGCUGUUGCACCUUUAGAUUCACAAAAGUUAUCCUUCGAAAGAAUGACGGCAUCCUAUUGCAACCGGCGAGACUACAAUGCGGAUGCUUUACCGCGCUCAUCCACCACCCGGAAUUGUACAAUCACUGAGAGUCAUCAUUCUUCCUAUCGGACGUCGUCGUGGUCCCCCAGGAGGACCUCCACCUCCUCCUCCUCCUGGACCACCACCUCGCCGGGAGUUGUAGGUGUCACCACUACUCGACGGGCCGUUUGAGUCCAUACCGAACAUCGUUUUGAAACUGAAACGAGAAAUAGUAGUGCAUGUGUCAAGGU